AUGUGGGUUUUCACAUUUGGUAUUGGUGACGGAGCUUCUACCAGGUUGAUAAAGAAUGUUGCGAAAGCCAGUAAUGGAAAAGCAAUUUUUAUCAAGGAUAAAGAUAACAUGCAAGCAAAGGUGAUAACAGCAAUGAAAGGAUCGUUAGACAAUUGUUUGUCAGAAGUCAGUCUGCAUUGGGAUAUUCCUAAAUGCUUUACAAUUACAGAUAUCCCUAAGGAGCCUCCUGUCGUCUUCCACGGAGAUAAACUUGUUUUGUUUGCCUUGUUAAAAUCUUCUGAUGCAGAGAGUGGCAUUUCAGGUUUCUUCACAUUAAAAGGAAGAAUAGAAGAAAAGAAUAUAAGUCAUAAAGUGAAAAUAGAAAUUCCAAGUUCUUCUCACAAUGAUUUACCUUUACAUCGUGUGGCAGCUAAAUACCAGAUCAAAGACUUAGAAAAUGAUGAUGAUUUAAGUUAUAGAGGACAUGGGAGAAAUAAAGACAAGAUUGUAUUGGUAAGCCAAGCAGCCAACAUUAUCUCCAAAUAUACAGCAUUUGUAGGUGUUGAUAAAGAUUCAAAAGUUCCUCUCUCAGUACUGAAAGAACCCCGACGCAUGCCACGACUAUGCAGUUCUUCUUUUGAUGAAGAAAUGCUAGAAAAAUCACAAUUGAAGGUGGCAAAUGUGCAUUCAAUGCCAUUAGAUGUUUCGUGCUAUAAGUUAACGCAGAAAGAGGUGCUAGGAUUGGUUCCCCUAGGCAUUUCCCGCAAGAAAAUGACAUAUAGUGGAAAGACGGAUCGGGAAGAGGACACACAAAUGGACUAA